UGUACUUCUGGUGCAGGUGCGAGAGGACGACAACCACAUCUAAAAGAAGGGGGAAGAGGAUCAGUAGCAGAAGUAUACGCCGUGAGAAUUCAGUUGAGAGGAGAGCAGAGGAGAGGAGUCUGAGGAGGAGGAGCACAUGAUACCCACAAGCGUCACCAACUCGCCGCCAGCCGCUGGCUUGGCACAGAAUGGAGCAGCUGCUGUUGGCGCGACUGCAGCAGCAGCAGCUGCCGCAGCAGCGACGGUCGCAGCAUCGACGGCGGCAGCGCAGCAGAGCAACUACAACUCGAUUGUGCUGGGCCUGGCCUCGCUUAUACUGGAGGGCAGGCCCAUAUCCGACGAUGAGUACCAGCCGCAGCAGCAGCCGCAGCCGCAUCCGCUUCAGCAGCGACAGCAACAGAUGACGCCACCGUCAAGCAGCGGGCGCCUCUCGCCACGCCCCUCCACAUCGCGGGCAGCCAUCAACAUUACAACGAAUCCCUAUGCAGCCAUGGCCAGUGGCACGCCCCGUUCCGCCUAUACCCAUGCUCACGGAUACGGGCUGGCAUAUGGACAUGGUCAGGGACAUGGACAGGGAUAUGGUUAUGGAGCCAGUGCCAGUGCAAGCGCCAGUGCCAGCAGCAGCAGCAGCAGCAGCGCCACGCAUCAACGUUGGACGCAGAAGCUCUGCCAGCUGCGGCAGGUCUCUCCGGCGGCGCAGACUAUGAGUGCCGAGCCGGAGCUUGUGGCACUGGCCAUCAAUGAGCUGAAUGCGGAUCGGGGUGAUUUUGAGAUUGUGCGUCGCGUCAUGUUGAAUCGUGCUGGAGGAGGAGGAGGCGGUUUAGGAGGAGGAGGAGUAGGGGGAGCAUCUGGAGAGCAGCUAGCCACAAAUAACUCGAGUGCUGCCAGUUCACCCGGCUCCGGCUCGGAUAAUAUUUUGCAUUCGCUGCAAUCGCUAGCGACGACCUGUCUGCGCGGCGGACCUGCUGUGAGCACCGAGGCGCGACCCCUGAGCCUGGCCCUCGGCUUUGGCUCGCCCACAUCAACAGCGACAACAGUGAGUGCCGCCAGUCUGCUGGACUACAACUGCGGCCGGACAACGCCUGGCGGCAGCGGAGCAGCCGGGGGAGAAGUAGGAUACGGGCUGGGAGGAGGAGGAGGAUUAGGAGUUGGAGUAGGAGUAGGAGUAGGAGGUGCAGCAGCCACAUCAACAGCCACUGCCAGCAACAACGCAGCUGGAGCCGGAUGCGGAAACGGAACCAGCUCCAGCUGCACCACGCGGCCCAAACACGGGCCACACUGUGAUCAGUUCCUCAGAAAGAUGGGCCUCGCCAAGGGCGAGUCUGCCGAAGCUGAGGAGCAUUUCUGUGAUAUGUCUUACGUAAAUAUAACCUGUUCCCGCUGGCGUGCCCAUUGCAUGAAGAUGGAGGCGAUCUUGGCGCGCCGGGAGCCCGUCUGCAUCGAGGUGUAUCUGGGCCCCGCCGGCCACAAGAUUCUGCUGGAGCAGUGGAUCAUCAGCGGCAAGGAGAAGGUGCCGCCGCCGACGAUGACGUUGCCGUCGCUGUGCAGCGCGAUUCGCAGCCAGCUUUACUUUUCGCAAAUCGUGGCCUGGUGCGAUCUGCUGCGCAAGUGCGAUCCCUCGGUCUAUGACAGCGGGCGCGUCAUCUUUGCCAACGGCGGCAGCAGCAGCAGCACGGCCGGAGAUCUGGCCGGGCACAGUGCCUCGACGAGCUCGGCUGCGGCUGGGGCGCGUCGGCCGCGACUCAACAUCUUCUACAGGAUCCGGCCGCAUGACCUGAGCAGCGCGAAUGGCAACCACAACGACGGCGGCUUCAGUGCCAAGGCGAACGUGCACAACUUUCCGCACGUGAACAUUGCCGAGAACUUCAGCGUGGCGGUCUGCGUCAAGAGUCUUCCGCGCUUUAACGGCGGACUGCCGCACGUUUCGCCGGCGGUGUCCAAGCCGCGAGCACAGCGCGCCGAGCCGGCGGCCAGCACGCCCACAGGCGGCGGUGGUAUGUGCGCGGCCACGCCUACCGGGCUGGGUGCACGGAUUGCCAUCAGCACAACGCCGCCGGCAAGCAGCUGUGAUAAGUUUGGGGCCAGGCACCAGCAGGAGCGGGAAGCUGAGGCAGCAGCGGCGGCGGCUGCGGCGGAGGAGGACGGAGCUCGCGAUGACCUGGACGGCCAUCGGGAGAGGCAGCUGCAAAAGUAUCGCAAGCGUAUGCAGCGGCGGGACAAGAAGCGCGAGCGUAAGCCCUCGGACCAGCUGGAGCACAUGGAGCCCAUGGACGAGGGCAGCGAGGAGACGCAAGCGCAGGCAAUGGUCCUGACGCUGACGGCGCCGCGUCGCAUCGCGAUGAUCUCGACGGGCACGCAGACCUCGCUGAGCAGCUGCCAGCAGUGCGGCAGCGAGAAGACCCUGCUCUGCCUCAAUUGCAGCGCAGACGAUGCCGAGCCGAGGAAUGGCAACGAUGAUAAUGACGACGACGGCGACGACACAAGUGCCUCCGAAAUGGAGGACUCGUCCAGCUGCAGCCUAAGCAGCUCCGAUCUCAUUGUGGGCACGCCGCGGAACAAGGCCGAGCUGCUGCUCCAGGCCAUACAGCGCACGCCAAAGAACCGAAAGCCCACACCAAAAGCAGCCGCCGCAGCAGCAGCCGGAGCAGCAGCCGGAGCAGCGUCUAACGAUCUCAAAGCUGGUCUAGUGCAGGGCCAGAGUCGGAGCCAGAACAACAACCAGCUGAAGCCAGCGCCAACGAGCGGGUGUCAGGUGUGCAAGCGCCAGAAGACGCAGCACAAUUUCGGCGCUGGCAAAGCGAGUCCAAAGAAGGCGGAGUUGCUGGCGAACGGGACGAACGGGACGAACGGGCACAGCAAUGGGGAUAACGAGGGCGAGGGCGCGGACAACAGCAUGGAUCAGGAGGUGGAAGUGAGCGCCUCGACCAAGCUGACGCCGAACAUCGAUCGCUGCUCGCUGAACGCAGGCCAGGAACGCUGCCAGACGCCAACGGAUGUGGCUGGCUGUGCCAUGGACGAGCGCAUUGUGGUGCAGUUCAAGACGCCUAUCAGUCAUGUGCCACUCAAGCUGCAGGAGUUCCAGGCGCAGUCGCUGGCGCAGCAUCAGCAGCAGCUGCCGUUGACGGGGCAACCGACAAAGGCGCCCAAUCAGCUGCGUCUGAAUUGCACCGGCGGGCUGCUGGACAGGGAGACGCCGCCGCCAAUGCUUUCGCCACUCUUGCGCAAGGCGCUGCCCAAGGUCAAUUUGACGACGAUCUUCUGCAGCAGCUCGGCGCCCAUUACCAUUGACAGCGGGCUGGCCUUUUGCUUUGAGCCGCCGGCUCUGAGCUAUGCCCACUCCCAGUCGCAGUCGCAGUCGCUGCUGACACCGCCGGAAGCGGCCAAUCUGCCCGUGCAGAAGUCGUACUCGGCCCCGACGCUGCCCAAUGCGCUGUCGGUGUCGCCGCGGUUCGCCAAGCAGGCGGCGUUCUACAAGCGUCGCUCGCGACAUCUGAGCGAUCGGUCGGAUCGCAGCUCGCUGGGCUCCGAUGAGCAGCUGUCGGACGAGGAUCUCGAGUCGGGCAUGUGCAGUCCGGCGGGUUCACCGCUGAAGACGCGAGCGCGUCUGGCGACACAGUUCGGGGGGCGACCGCUGCUGGGCAACCUGGAGGAGUCGCUGCUGCAGAAGCGUUUGCUGCCCAAGAUCGAAGUCGCCGGCUUUCGCCUGCAGCUGGGCGCCUCGGGUGGCUUCUGUCCCACACAGCUGACCAUUCCGGCCUCCUCGUACUUCUACGAGCUGCACGGCGAGACGCUCAGCACGCCCUACCUGUGCGAGAUUCGAUUGCCCCGCAAGGGUUACUUUGUGCCGCGAUCGGGCACUGUGCAGGCGACGCUCCUCAAUCCCAUGGGCACCGUGGUGCGCAUGUUUGUCAUUCCCUACGACAUGCGCGACAUGCCGCCACUGCAUCGCACCUUCAUACGUCAGCGCAUCCUCGCCGAGGAGCUGCCCGGCGCCAGUCCCUGCGGCGGCAUCAUCAUCAUGCAGCCCAAGCAGCAGCAACAGCAACAACAUCGCGAACGGGAGCCGGGCAGCCCAACAGCAACCAGCACCACCAGCAAAUUGGGCCACUUUAUCAGCGCCGAGCAGAUGAAGCGACUGCGCUACUCCAUACACCUGAGGUUCCAGACGUCGCGUUCCGGCCGCCUUUCGCUGCACACGGACAUUCGUCUGCUGAUCUCCAGGCGGACGGACUGCGAUACGGCGGCGGCGCACGCCAAGGGCAUGGUCGAGGCGCCCAAUGAGCUGGUGACGGACACGCUGAUGCCGACGGAGCCCAGGUACAGUGCGCGCCAGGAGAGUCCCGGCAAGAUUUAGUAGUUGCUGAGCGCCCUGGGCGUGGCAUGUGUCAACGGAAACGAGAAUGGCAACGGAAACGGAAGCGGAAACAAUUGCGGCGGCAACUUUGUGCGGCGCCUGUGGAAGCAGCUGCAGGCGCGCUGGCAACUCUGGCAGCAAUGCCCCAAAUAUCAACUGUAGAGCAUCGAAAAUUGGGCACUUCUCUGGACAACCUUAACGGCGGGAAUCGAGACAAAUUUCCGACUAAAUACUGCUUUAUUAGUUACUCUAAGCCCCCUAUAACUAGAACCACGCCCACCCCCCCACCACAACUCUGUUUAAGUCAGUUUAAGGCCUCUAGUUUGAAUUUUUGAAAAUUGUGUUUAAAGCUAAGCAGAAAGAACAUUGCGAUAUGCAACAUAAACAACUAAUGCCUCUACUCUCUCUCGCUCUCGCUCUCUCUCUCUAUUUCUCUCGCUUUUUGAAGGGGCCAACAACCACAAGAAAAAAACAAGCAAAUAUCUCAAUUUACACUGAAUCCCUGAGGAUUCACAUUAUUAUGGGCAGCUGGCGCACGGCCAGCAGCUACGCAUAGCAAUACUAAGAUGUAGUUACAACAAAUCAUAUGCAAUACGAGUAUAUAAAAACGAGUGCGAGUGAAUAACUGAGUGUCUGAGUGAGUAAAUGUGAAUGUGAAUGUGAAUGUAUUCAGAGAGAGCAAUCAGAGCUAGCAGCACAGCAGCCAGUUACCAGCGAGGGUCAAUCAGUCAAUCAGUCAAUCAGUGAGCUGUAAGGAGAGGGAACCCAAUCGAAUUCUGAGCUAGAUCUAGUCUCUUUCAGAAUGGAGAAGCCCUGCUAAUUUUCUUAUUAUCGCAGAGAACAAGUUAUCAUAUCUUUAGACUUGAAAGAGUUUUCCUAGCUUAGAUCCUCAACCUUGAACGAGUUUUCCCAGCUUAACUGACGAAUAAGUUUUCAUAUGCAUAUUCCUUUAUAAAUGCGUAUGUAGAGCUUAGAAAUGCAAUCGAUUAAAUGUGUUCAAAGGAAAAUUCAAAGUGAAA